UGCAACGUUUGAAAAUUAGAAAGACCUUUAUUGAAGUAAUUUUGGUUAUAUAUUAAGAAGUGCUACAGUAAUUAUUCCAUCAAAAUUUAAAUUAUCUGGGUAACGUAACUUAACCCAACGUCAAGAAUUGUUGUGUUUGUAAUUGUAUAUAUGUGAUAAAAAUAAAAUAUGAGUCAAGCAUUCAAUGUGAACUUGGAAGCAUCUCUGUUUGGAUCAUCUGAUGAAGAUUGUAGUUCCAGUUCGAAAAAAGUAAACAAAGCUUACAUAAAUACUUUGGACUCGUGUGUACAACCAGACAAUACAUUAGAAGAUCUCACCCCCAACGAAGGGGUUUAUGAAACUAGAAAAAUCCAAUCAUGGCAAAGAAGAAGAAAGGGAUACUAUGCAUCUAGAAGUUUUCAAUCAUGGCAUGGUAUGACCGAUAAAGACGACGUCCCCUUUCGAGCACCAGAAAUUAAGAAAGAACAAGACAUAAAUAAAACAUAUGGUUUACAAUUACACUCAUGUGCUGCAUUAGAAAAACAUGGACUAUAUUUCUUUGAACGCCAAAAAAUAUUACAUGUUGCUAAUCCAAAAUUAUCAAAAGAAACAUACGAACAGGAAAAACCACUAGAAGUUAAGAAAAAACUAACCUCAGAGACUGAUUCUGUUAAAGAAAAAAUACCUCAUGAGCUUGCUAUAAAGUCGUUUGAUGAUCGUUUUUUUGGGAAUACUCAAACAGAACCUAUCGAAGACAUUAUACCACUUGGAACGAAAAUAGGGGUUAAUGAAGCUCGAAACUUAUUCGCCACUAGUAAAACUGAUAAAAAACAACCAGCUGAAAAUCAACUUACUUCAGAGGUUGUUGACGACAACAAGAGCGCGCCUGAUAAUAAAUUUAAAAGAAAUAAGUUCAAAGACAUUUUGGAAAGAACGCUGAACAAAACUUAUCCUGAUGCAUUAGCUAUACCCGAAAGUAGCAACACAUCUGAAUCAGAUUUAGAGUUAACAACGUAUGAAUUAGAGAAAUUUGAAAGAAACGAUAUGAUUAUUUUCAAUCAGGAAAACUUUAUGAGCGAACCAAAAAGGCGAGGCACAGCUUUAGAUGUAACGGCAUUAGAAAAUACAUUUAAGGAAUUCCGAUUUGACGUCACCACUCACAAUGAUCUAACAGAAAAAGAUUUUUUCACGGAAUUGCAAAAAUUUAGCAGAAGGGACUUCAGUGCCAGCGGCUGUCUUUGCGUAGCAAUCCUGACUCACGGACAAGACCACGGCUAUCUGAGGGCAUUUGACACACGUUACUGCGAAAGAGAUGUAAUCGCCUGCUUUGACGCUCGUCUCAAUCCCAGCUUGGUAGCUAAACCAAUCAUAUUCUUAAUUCAGGCAUGUCGGGGUCGACAGCCGGCUGCGGUUGUAGAAAUGCGAAACAAAGAUGUAUCUGAACCUAUUCAGACUGUGGAAGUAGAUGCUGCAUUACCAAUAGAGAAAUAUCGCAGGCCCAUGGACUCGGAUAUAAUCAUGUUUCACAGCUCUUUUUUUGGAAGAGCCUCUAUCAGAGUGGUUGAAGAGGGCACGUGGUUCAUACAAACGCUAUGCGAGCAAAUAAGGCUACACGCCGCCACAGACCACUUCGAGAAAUUGUGCCGAAGGGUGCGAACAAUCGUUGCUCACAUGGAGCAUGAAGGGGCAAAGCAAAUGCCAGUAGUUACCACAACAUUGCUCAAAAAGCUGUAUCUUAAGAAGACACUUGCUAGUUCAGACUUAGAUGAAAUUUGACAAAACGUGCUGGUGAAAACGCUUAAACGGUGUUGAAGAAACUUCGAUAGAAUUCGUUCAAUAAAAGCGCCUCGACCGAGUUUUCUUAGUCUUAGUGGCCCUCAACUUAGGGCCAGGGUGCACUAACAACAAUUGACAGACAAAUCAAACCAACGCCACUCAGCAGUGAACAAUAACAUUUUCCAUACAAUAACAUCUUGCGAAAAUUUUAACGGUGACAGGUUGGUACAACCGACCGACCCUUACACCUGUCGAAUUAAAUAAAAAGUCUCACGACCUGGUUUGUAAGCUUAAUCGUUUUUUUUUUAAUUCUAACUACAAAUACCCAAAAAAAUUAACUUUAAACAUGUAUUGGUUCCUAGUCCGGUUCAGACUGAAGUUAACGCACCACACGAACUAAUGUGUAAGGAAUUUUUUACAUUACUG